AAGAAGAUCAACCGUGCCCCAUCCCCUGCUAGACCCAAGGACGUUCCCGGCUGGUCGCUAGCCAAGAGCCGGCGGAGCAGCGGCAGCAACCCGGGCUCUCCUGCCUCUCUGUCCGGGAAGGCGGGGCCCGGCCAGCCUCGGCCCGAGAAGAAAGGCCGCAGCGGCCCGCAGCCCGGGGCUCGGGGCUCGGGAAAGGGCGCGCCGGGCCGAGCCGGGGCCAAGGCAAAGGGCCGUCCCCGCGACGAGCCCCCGGGACGGGCCUCGCAGCCUCCGCUGCUGCCACAGCCGCCGCCGCCGACGGCCCUGAGCCUCACGGACAGCAGCUCCGAGGUGUCGGACUGCACGUCCGAGGAGAACAAGCUGCUGUCCUUGGAGCUGGCUCUGAGCAGCGAUACCGAGUCCGGCGGCGGCAGCGGCAGUGGCAGUGGCAGCGGGCGGGAGCGACCGGCGGGGACCGGAGCCGGAGCUGGGGCCGGGGGCCGCGUCCAGGGGCAGCCGGCGUCGCGCAGCCCUCAGCCGUGCCGCCUCGCCUCCCCUGGCGCCUCGCCUCUCCCGGAUGAGCAGUCCGCAGCAUCUCUGGGCAGCAGCCGCCUGCCCCUCAGCACGUCGCUGGCCUUCUCCGAUCUCACCGAGGAGCUGCUGGACUGCGGGCCCGACGGCUUCGUGCGGGAGCUGGAGGAGCUGCGUUCGGAGAACGACUACCUCAAGGAUGAGAUCGAGGAGCUGCGGGCCGAGAUGCUGGAGAUGCGGGAUGUCUACAUGGAGGAGGAUGUCUACCAGCUCCAGGAGCUCCGGCAGCAACUGGACCAAGCCAGCAAGACCUGCCGCAUCCUGCAGUACCGUCUACGCAAGGCAGAACGGCGCAGCCUACGAGUGGCCCAGACAGGCCAGGUGGAUGGGGAGCUCAUUCAUAGCCUGGAGCAGGAUGUCAAAGUUUCCAAAGACAUCUCUGUGCGUCUGCAUAAUGAGCUGGAGGUGGUGGAAAAGAAGAGAAUCCUGGAGGAGGAGAAUGAAGAUCUUCGACAGAGGUUGAUCGAGGCAGAGCUGGCCAAGCAAGUGCUCCAGCAUGAGAUGGACAAACCUCGAGAGCAUUCCUUGAAGAAAAGAGGAACUCGUUCACUUGGAAAAACAGAAAAGAAGGCAUCAGUCCAGGAGGACAAUGCAGAUCUGAAGUGUCAGUUACACUUCGCCAAGGAAGAGUCAGCCCUGAUGUGCAAGAAGCUCACCAAAUUAGCUAAGGAAAAUGACAGUAUGAAGGAAGAACUGGUCAAAUACCGCUCUCUCUAUGGGGACUUGGACAGCUCCUUGUCUGUGGAGGAGCUGGCUGACUCCCCUCAUUCACGCGAGGCUGAGUUGAAGGUACACCUAAAGCUUGUCGAGGAAGAGGCCAACAUCUUGAGCCGCCGGAUCGUCGAGCUCGAGGUUGAAAAUCGGGGGCUGAGAGCAGAGAUGGAAGACACCAAAGGGCAGGGCGACAAGGACUACAUUGGCCCUGAUAUACGGUUUGCUUUUUCUUCCACAAACUGUGGGGGGGAAUCUGGGGAGAGCCUGGCUGAGCUGCGGAGACACCUUCAAUUUGUGGAGGAGGAAGCCGAGCUCCUGAGGAGGUCUUCUGCUGAGUUGGAAGACCAAAACAAACUUCUCAUGAAUGAGCUGAACAAGUACAAGUCGGAACAUGACCUGGACGUCACCUUGUCAGAGGACAGCUGCUCAGUGAUCAGUGAGCCAUCUCAGGAGGAGCUGGCCACUGCCAAGAUCCAGAUCAGUGAGCUCAGUGGGAAGGUAAAGAAGUUGCAGUAUGAGAAUCGGGUCCUGCUCUCCAACCUGCAGCGCUAUGACCUAGCUUCCUGUCAGACUAUGCGGCCCAUGCUUGAGACGGAUGCCGAGGCUGGGGAUUCUGCCCAAUGUAUCCCCACUACCCUCUGGAGAGAAGUGCCCAUUGGGGGAGAGAAUGAUACCCUAGGCCACCCUGAACGGACACUGGACAAUGGUGUCACAAAGCUGCCUGACACCCACCUCACCAAGCUCUUUAAAGCCAGAGACCUGGAGGCUCUGCCUGGCAUCAGGGACCAGGCUGCCCUGGUCAGCAAAGCUAUCGAUGUAUUAAUUUCAGAUGCCAAUGGCUUCAUAUCCAGCCUCAAGCUAUGCCUGGACAAUGACUGUGCAGACCUCAUGUUGAAUGAGUCCCUGGAUAACAGUGAGAGCCCCAGUGAUUCCAAACUUAUCAACAUUAUCUUCAUGAGGCUUGGGCUCCUGCAACAGGAGCUGAACACCUUCAUGAGGAAAGUGGAUAACAUUGGGGACUCCCUGAAAGAGUCUACAGAAACCUCUCUGCCAACCCCCGGGGCUCAGGACUCCUCCAAGGAAGUUCUGGGCAAAGAGCAUGGCUCUGACUUCCAGCUUGACUUUAGAGACCUGCCAGACUGGGAGCCCCGGGCCAGGGAAGCCUUCUGCAGCACUAGCAGCGACCCGGACCCUAAACCUGAACUCACCCGGAGCUACAAGACUUAUCAAGCUGACGACAAUGAAUCCUAUGCCACUGAGAUCAAAGAACUACAACUGGUGCUCUCAGAAGCCCAUGAGAGCCUCAGGGGCCUUCAAGAACAGCUCUCCCAAGAGAGGCAGCUGCGUAAAGAGGAUGCAGAGAAUUUCAAUCAAAAAAUCUUCCAGCUGAAGGAAGAUCAACAGAAGACUCUGCUGCGGAGGGAGUUUGAGCUGCAGAGUGUGAACCUCCAGAGGAGGCUAGAGCAGAAGUUCUGGAGCCAGGAGAAGAACCUCCUGGUACAGGAAUCCCAACAGUUCAAGCAGAACUUCCUGCUGCUUUUCAUGAAGCUUAAGUGGUUCCUCAAACGCUGGAGACAGGGCAAGAUCUUACCCAGUGAGGGAGGUGACUUUCUAGAGGUGAACAGCAUGAAGGAGCUCUACCUACUAAUGGAAGAGGAAGAGCUAAACCCCCAGCAUUCUGACAAUAAGUCCUGUGUGGGGGACAUCUGGACACAGAACACUCCCAAUGAGUACGUGAAGACUCUUGCAGACAUGAAGAUCAUCCUGAAAGAGCUGUGCCGAGAGCUUCGGGAAGAGCGGCGGGGCAUGAAUGAGCUCCAGCAGCAGUUUGCUAAGGCUAAGUCUGCCUGGGAAAUGGAAAAGACUGAGCUCAAGUGUCACCUGGCACAGCUGGAGCUGAAACCUGGGAAAGGAGUGGGCGAGCGGGCCCUCCCUGACUGGAAGGCCAUCCUGAAAAGAGAAAGGGAGGAACAUCAGCACCUCCUGGCUGAGUCCUACAGUGCAGUCAUGGACCUCACCAAACAGCUGCAGAUCAGUGAGAAGAACUGGGACCAACAGAAGAUAGAGCUGCUGGAUAGAUUCAAAGAUGAGAAGCAGCAGGCUGAGCAGCAGGUUAAGGAGCUACAGAAUAAAAUAAGCCAGUUGCAGAAGGGAGCUGAUUCCUGGGCUUUGAAACACAUUGAAAUGGAAAAACAUGACAGUAGCUGGAAAGAGACUCUCAGUGAGAAGAUACAUGACAAAGAAACCAUUUCUGAAGUUGAUGCCAAUGGAACCAACUUAAAAAGGACCAAAUCUGUUUCUUCUAUGUCUGAGUUUGAAAGUUUACUGGACUGUUCUCCUUACCUUCCGGGCAAAUCAGCCAACAUAGUCAGUGAAACUUCCAGAGGCAAAAAGACCUCUCCAGCUGCCUCCUUGCUUCCCAAUACCCUAAUGGAUACUGCCACAGUGAACCCUGCCAGAAUUGCCUUUGUGGACAAUGAGCAAACCAGUCCAGAAAAGGGGACCAAGGAGAAGCUGGGGCUCUCCCCUAGAGACUGCAAUAGGAGAGGCAGCCUGGCCUACCAGGAUUGUACCCAGAAGCAGAUGCAGAGGAGCUACACAGCUCCUGAUAAGACAGGCAUCCGGAUUUAUUAUAGUCCACCUGUGGCCCGUAGGUUAGGGGUCCCUCUGGUCCAGAAUAAAGAAGGAAAAAUUCUCAUUGAGCCUGGCUUCCUCUUUACUAUGGCCAAGCCCAAAGAGUCAGCAGAGUCAGAAGGCCUGGCUGAAAGUACAUAUGGCCGGUGGCUGUGUAACUUCUCCAAACACCGGGAACUUUUGGACAGUAGCCCAGUCAAUAGUUCUGCAGCUCCUGUGCCCAAUUUCCCCUCUGCCCUACAUGACUUUGAGAUGUCAGGCAACAUGAGCGAUGACAUGAAAGAAAUCACCAACUGUGUCCGCCAGGCCAUCCGCUCUGGCUCCCUGGAGAGGAAGGUGAAAAGCAUGUCAAGCCAGACUGUAGGGCUGACAAGUGUAGGCACCCAGACCAUCCAGACAGUGAGUAUUGGUCUUCAGACUGACCUGCCUCGGGGAAGCCUGCAUGGCAAGAGCUGGUCACCCCGUAGCUCUUCUCUAGUAUCUGUUCGAAGCAAACAGAUAUCUUCUUCACUGGAGAAGGUCCAUUCUCGGAUUGAAAGACCUUGUUGUUCUCCCAAAUAUGGGUCACCAAAGCUUCAGAGGAGAUCUGUGUCCAAACUGGAUAGCUCUAAGGACCGAAGUCUGUGGAAUCUUCACCAGAGUAAGCAAAAUGGGUCAGCUUGGGCCAGGUCUACUACGACCCGAGACAGCCCAGUCUUAAGCAACAUUAAUGAUGGACUAUCUAGUUUGUUCAAUGUAGUAGAGCACUCUGGGAGCACCGAGUCUAUCUGGAAGCCAGGGAGCCAGGAGACCCGCACCAAACCAGAGACUCACAAAUAUGGUAUCGUACAGGAGUUUUUUCGUAAUGUGUGUGGCCGCUCACAGAGUCCCACUUCUGGGACAGAUCGGAAAGAAGUAGUGGGAGAUGAGUGCACCAAAAAGCCAGAGCCUCUUUCCCCAGCAAGUUACCACCAGUCUGAGGGCAUUGCCAGGAUUCUGAGCAAGAAAACUCCAAAGCUGAGCAGUUGUGAGGAGGUCAGGCCAGCUUUACUCUCUCAGGGGGGUAAGGAUGGAACCCCUCGAGAUCUGGAUGGCAAUUUGACUGUGGCUAAUGAGGAUGCCAUGUGUGACUGCAGUGCCCAGUCCCUGACCUCCUGCUUUGCUCGGCCUUCCCGAUCCAUCACCAGGCAUUCUCCCUCUAAAUGCAGACUACAUCCCCCUGAAAUCAUCCGGGGAGGGGAAGAGAGGACAGCUUCUUCCAGUGAAUGAUCAUGCUGCGAAGGGACAGAACAGCAAUGCUCCCCCUUGCCCCAUCCCACCCCUCAGUCAACAGUCAUUGUGAGAAGCCAAAUCUCCAAUGACCCACUGAAUGGAUCUGGAUCAGCUGAUAUGAAGCAACAGGGCCCAGAGGGGGUCCAGAAGCCCAUACAUCUGUCUCCUAAACACCACCUUGCCUUGGAAGGAGGAUUUAAGAAGCAGAUGUUGCACCAAAGCCUGGAAGCCUAUGGAAUAGGUUCCAAGGGAAAGAAAUGCAAGAGAUUCCUUUUGCAUGAGGCACCAGAGAUAUUAUCUGCUGAUCAGUAUAAUGACCUCCAACAUUCAGAUGAGAAGACAAGGAAUGGAAGAGAUCAAAGUCAUAUGUUGGAACAUCACUGCUAGGGAUCUUCUCUGGGAGCCUCUUCUUGGGUGCUGAGGGAGUAGCAGGAAUAUUUUGCUCAACUCAAAUGUUUUUCUUAGGAUAUCUAAUAGGGAGGUAUCCUUUGGGGACUACAGAUCCCCCAAACAGGCAGCCACACUACAGCUACACCUGAUGUGGUUUUGAGAAGAGAUUUCAACAGCCUAAGUCUUAAACCUUAAACUCUUCAGAGGGAUGCUUUCCCCCUGUAAUCUUCUAUUGCAUCAGGAAGAGUUCCUUUUAAACAACAGCUAAGCCAGAAGGCACUGGCAGUUCCUGGCUAUAUGUGGAGUAAAAGGCCAGGAGCUUUAACAAGAAAUCUGGUUGUACCAAAUGGAUGACACUGUAUAUCUCCAUUACCAUGCAUUACAGUUCAAACACCCAGUGUUGAGAAGACAUAAUCCAUCCCUUGGGACAACCCAAUGAAGUCUUUGUGAAACACAUGAUCGGCUCUGACUAUCACAUAACAGUGAAGUAAACUUUGGCUUCUACUCUGAGGCCUGGCAUAAUCCCUUCCUCCUUCUCUCACAUUUCUUACCCUCUGGCUCUUGCUGCCCUGGAUUUCUGUGACUCUCCAUGGAGUAUGAUAGGGUAGUCAGCCACCUUGCAAAGUCUGGAUCUUCAUAUUCUAGAAGUAAGGGGUUUUGCAUCCCCUAUCUUUGGCAGCUUGUGUCCAACAAUGAUGUAGAAAAACUAAUACCAGACUUGUGGGGGCUCGGGACAGGGAAUGUAGGCCUCAGGAUCUGGGUACACUUACGAAAAGCCAGGUAGCCACCAAUCUAACAGAGAUUUUCAUUGUCUUUGAAGCAUUUGGACAUCAUUGGCUUGAAUCUCUGCUCUUUCCUCAGACAUCCUAGAGCAGUAGCAGCCUCAAUACUAUGUUUACAUCGAGCAGUGGAAAGCAAAGACGUUCUUGCUAAACAACCUUGGUGGACAGUUUAGUUGACUUAGCCAGAGCAAACCUGCUAUCUCCUGGACUGUGGGGUAGAAAGACUCCAGAGCCUCCUCCUGAGGCCCUGACACAUGAUACUGUUGAAUUUUCCUGACUAUAAAUAUUUAAGGUAGUUUAUAUUAUUUUAAUAAUUUAAUUAAUCCCCAAAUCCCUAGAGUAAUUUAUUGAAGAUUGAGAGGUAUCCUGUUCAUCAGGACACAGGGCAAAAUGGUGUUUGUUCCCAUUGAAAUGUUGAAAUGUCAGGGAAGUUGAGGGGGAUACAAGGCAGUUCAGGAACUGAACAUUGGUUUCCUUAUCCACAUCCAGACACCCACUUGGCACAGCUGGAAUCCCAGAAUGCUCAAUUUCCAAACGAUUUUAAUUAAUUGCUUUGGAUUCAGAACCCAGAUUCUCAUUCACAGGCAAGAACUGUACUGGAUUUUACAUCCCAGUGUCCCCUUCCUAAAUUCCUAUUGACAGGAAUGUGAGGAUUGGGCUGAUUCCACCAUUUCCCAUACAUUUCCCAUUUCAAUUUUCAAUUUCCCCACCCACUUUUUUAUGAGCCAAACAUAGGUCCUUGAGCCUCAGCCAAGCUUGGUGAUCCCUGAGAUUCCCAGCCAGUGUACUCAGUGGAAAACUAGACUGAACCCAGAGAGUGUUUAAUGCAGCUUUGCACAUAGAUUUUAAAAUGUCUACUAACCUCCCUAAAUUUUCACCAGCCUGUCCAUGCUUAGCCUUAAUGUCUAGUAGCACAUUCACUGCCUCCUAAGGAUUUUCCCCAUGUCACAUACUGACCAUCCCAUUUUUUCUACCUCCCUAUCUACCUUAGUCAUUCCACUCUUUCCAAGCCAUCUUCCCUUAUAGCUCAUGUAUCUAUCUGAAUGAGCAGUCCCAAGUUUCCUUAACCAGUGAGUCAGACAUCUCCAAGAUGAUGGGAAGUGGCUCAGUGCAUUCCACCCAUGCAAAAUAGGCUUCUAGGAGCCACUGAGUCUCACUUGGGGGGCUACUUUUCAUGGGAUUUCUGGCAGCCUUAACUAGCCACCCUAACCAGACUCUUGAGUAGGAGAACAGCUUUGUUAACUUUCAUUUGUCUCUGCUGGUUAUGAGGCCAGCUUGGCAAUGUGCUCUGAUGCUCACAUCUAGCAACAGUCCAAGCCUUUCUGUCAUACUUCAAGACCUGGCAGAGCACAGGACCCAAACUUAGAUCUGACAAGAUUUCCAUCUUGGAGCAACAACUUGUUUCAUUUCACCUGAACAUCUAAAUAGACUUGAAAACGUUCCUCUGUACCCCACAUCAUCCUGCUCAACCCUACUGAGUGCUUUUCAGUAAGUUACCUAAAGUCAUUGGUCUCCAUUCCCUUUUGGCUGAAUGUUAGUGAUGUUUAUGUUAUUGAUUUAACUUGUUCUUCAUGCUUUGGUCUGAAAUGAUGUUGGAAAGGUUCAGUUUUCCUCAUUAAGUGGCAGGGAGGGCAUGCUGUUUGGAGAAAUACUGCCAUCUCAGAGAGGACUCUUACCCUGAAAAAUCAAAAGGGAUCCUUUGGGGCAAAAUCCAAAUCCUAACACACAGAAUAAGAAAAUACAAUAGACAGUCUUCAUGGGAUGAGGCCUGGAUCAAGUUUGGGGUUUUUAACCAUUCCACUGCACUAUUGCUGGGUUGACUAUUAAUUUGGGGGUGAAGCACUGCAGGUGGAAAGAUACCAGAUGCCUUCUACGCUACCCCCUUCAGGUGGCACAGAACCCCAGGGUAUCUAGAUACCAUCUGGGACUACUUGCUCCUUGGUGAGGGUGGGGAUGUGUGGCUCCACUGCUCUCAAACAUGUCACCAAGAAACCCCCACCAACUCCAUGAAGAGCUGGAGACCUAAGAAUAAAGGAUUACCAACCCCAGCCAAUUUGCCUUACCAUCCCAAGGAGCGUGGGAAGAGAGAAGCCUUGGCCCCUCUCCUCUGCCAGCCCAGCUCCAAGUAAGCAACUCCUUUCUCCUCCACAUGAGAGAGGCUUUGAAAUCUGAUUUUUAGUAUAAUACUCUUUUCUAUUUCUUGCAUGCAGUUGUACAUGAUCAUUUAUUGUUCUAAUGGAAACCUCUGGACAGUGGGUUUUUUAAAGGGGUUAAAAAUAUUAAAUGUAAAUACUGACUUGGUUUUGUUUUUAGCAUUCUAAUUUGUAACUAGGGUUUUUUGUUUGGGGUUUUUUUAUUUUAAAGAAACUACUAUUUUGGAAUGUUGUUUCUCUCUUUUUUCCCCAAAUGCCUUUAAGUAUUGUUAACAUUCCCAAGGCAGAGAACUGCCUGAAUUGUGGGAGGGAUUGUACAACGACAUAAUCAAGAAUUUUUUAUUCUCUUCUCCCCCAUCCCUCAUCCUAACUUCUUCUCUCUCCAAAUUCUCUCAUUUUGAAGUACCUGUUCACCCUCUGCCUGCUUGGUUUACCAAGACAUGCCUUUAUAGUACUGGGUUUUUAAUUGGAUGUAGCUUUUGGAAAAAUUAGGAAUGAAGCUGGGAGCCCCUUUGUGAAAUCCUUUCCGUCAAUGUGUGAUUUUCUCAUCUUUCCUUACCUGUUUCUAAUGCCAGAUCACAGACACUACCAAGAAGACUGGGAAAAUGAGAAAAUAACUUACAUACUUGAAACUAAAUAUUAACCAGUAUUGUAGCAUUCAUUUCCCCUGCCUGUCAUACCUCCUAGGGUCACUCAGAUUUUAGCAGGUUUUGCCAUUAACACUCUCAAUCCCCAUAACCACUUAGGCCUCCAAAGUACCUAUAAACUGACGCCAUUUCUACCAGGGCCCUCUGUUCCAAAGUUUUGAUCCCCUCUGUGAUGAACAUCCCACAGUUGGCUGACCAUUGGUGGCUGACCAUUUUCAAAAAUUUCCCCUAGUAGGCCUUCCUUUAUCAGUGAAAAACCAUCCCUAGAGUGUGCCAAUUCAUUCAUGUGGUGUUUUUUGUGGGGGUUGGGGCAAUUAGGGUUAAGUGAUUUGCCCAGGGUCACAUAGCUAGUAAGUUUCAAGUGUCUGAGGCUGGAUUUGAACUCAGGUCCUCCUGAAUCCAGGGCUGGUGCUUUAUCCACUACAACACCUAGCUGCCCACAUUCAUGUGUUCUUAAUAUCCGUUUAAGAUAUUGGCUUCCUCUUACUGUCCUAUCCUCAUGGUUUUUGACUGGGCAAAAAGCCUGUUUGUUUUCUUCCUACCUCUUUGUCUCCAAUUUCCUUAUACCCAAAUAUCCUCACCCUCUUGUAGCUUGUAUACCCUCAUCUUCCUCUCCUGACUUACCUAACUCUGUCCUACUUAGUCCCAAUUCUCCAGAAUCCCCCAUCUCUGUUAAUGAUAGUUCACAUUUAGAUAGUGUUUUAAGCUUUACAAAGUGUUUUCCUCAUAACAAUCCUGUAAAAUAAGUAAAUGUGAUUAUUUCAAUUUUACAGAUGAAGAAACUGAGGCUCAAAGUAAUUAAAUGACUUACUCGGGAUCACACAACAAGUAAAUAUAGGAGCUAAGAUUCAUGCCCAAGUCUUCUACCUUCCUCUACACUAUACUUCCUUCCUCUUGUCUCACUAGAUCUAUCAAUCCACACAACAGCUGUACCCACUUUUUAUCCACUGAUGCAUCUUUCUAUACUUAAAGUAGAGACCCUUUUCUGUGCGGAGGCCCUAAACCACGGACUGUAUUCCCUACCCUAGAUACAAAAGCACCUAUAGUCCUAAGGUUCAGUAGACUCCCCUAGGAUAUUAUGUUGGCUCUGUCACUGACUUGGUGUGACUAUGGGCAGGCAAGUCACAUGAUUGCUCUGUAUGUCAAUUUCCCAGUCUACAAAAUGGAGAUAAUAAUCCCUUUCCUUUCUACAUGAAGGUUCAUAGGAUGCAAUUCAGUUCCCUAUAACAAACAUUCAUUAAACAUCUACUGUACAGAAGACUCUAUGUCAACGGAGUGAUAUUUAGAAAGGCUACUUUGAAAAGUGAUAUUAUUGCCCUAUUUCUUUACAUAAAGUAUAUACAUGCUGUACAUGCACCUUGUAUAUACAGCUGACAUAAUGUGUAUCUGUAAGCUAUCACCACAUAGAUACAUUUGCUUUCUGCAUCACAUAAUUCAUCCAACUGAAGUGCCCAAACCCCCUUCAUUUCUGCUCCACUUUUCUUCUCAUUUACUCCAAACCAACUGUGUUUGAUGAGUGCAUAAUGUUAGAGGUCCAAACUCACUGGUUCUACUUGUACAUCCAUCCUAUAUCUCUUUCCCCACCACCACCUUAAUUCAACUCAACCUUACUCUAACACCCACCCAUCCAUCUAUCCAGCUAACACAUUAGCAUGGAACCCUGCUAAUUCUGCCUGCACAUACACAAUAUCUCCAGUAGACUUGUCCUAUAUAUUUAUCUCACACAGAAUAUGGAUAUGAACAGUCUUACACAAACUACAUACCCAGGAACUUCACCCAUGGUAGAUAUUCCACAGUGCUACAAACUCAUCAAGCAUACACAGUACCUUCUAACAUAAUAAACUCAUAAAUAAUGUAUGUUUCAAGUAUCUGUGCACACUCCACAUAAUAAGCAUGUACACACACACAAUGAAUAGAAUUAUUAAAGAACAGAAAAAUCACUCAUGAAGAAUUUAAAGGUCACCAACUCCUACCCCUCCACUAAUCAAACCUUUAGACCAUAAAAAUCAUUUCCUUGGUGCCUUGAUUUCUAUAGGCACAUGUAGUAGGGGCCAUGAAGCUCAUUAUCUUUGUAGAGGAUUCAUUCCACCUUGGCUGAAUGAGUUCCUACUUCUCCCCAGCUCUCCUAGAAUCCAUAUCUCCCAGGAAGGGUACACUUACCUGACCCCUCCUAGUUGCUAGAGGUAAAAGUUCAGAACUCUGAACCCUUUGCUCCAAAUAUUAGAAUCUAAAGUUUUCUUAACACUCAAACCAGAGAAUACUUUACUCUUGUAGUCCCCAGACCCAAGCCCUGAAUAAAAUUGUUCAACUCCUGUCUUAAACACAACUUUACUUUCAGGGCCCUUUUAUAACCAGAGGUCACCUUUAUCUACUUGGGCACCCCUUGUCAAGGUAGAGCAAAGGAGAAAAAAGCUUUAAUGUCCUCAUCCUUUUCAAGGCUUUCCUUCUCUUCUUGCUACAUAUCUCACCUUCCUUGCCUCCAGCUAGAGAGCUGAACUGAACCAAAUACCUAAACAAAAUCCAAGAAGAACCCAAAACAUCAUUUUAUUUUUACAGAAUCAUUAUUUUUUUUAAAAAGUCUAAAACCAGAAAUGAACUUGCUUAAUCUCUAAAAUUUCUAUUGAUCCCAAACAUCAGAUUAAUUUCUCAUUUAGUGAAAUAUUAUCUUUGUCAUUUUAUAUAUGAGGAAACUGAGGCAUAAAGAGGAGAGGGGGUAGGAGUUGAUUUGCCCAAGGUGACAAAGCCAGUAAAUAGCAAAGCCUAGUCUCCUGAUUCUAAGACCAGCGAUCUCUUAAACCUGUUCCCUCAUCUGUAAAAUUAAGAUAAUAGUUCCUUACUUAACCCACAGGAUAGUGAGAAAAGCACUUUGGUUACUUCAUACCACCAUAUCCGUGUGACCUACCAUUAUCAUUACCUUUGAACUGACACAAUAUGUCAUUUGGGUUAAGUCCCUACUUCUAGCUAAGCACACAUCUCCUGAAUCCCAACCACAACUUAUUUUUCUUUCUCUUCAUGAAGACAGUGUCUCUUCCAAAGUGACCCUGGGGGCAGCUAGGUGGCACAGUGGCUAGAGCAGCGGCCCUGGAUUCAGGAGGACCUGAGUUCAAAUCCGGCCUCAGACACUUAACACUUCCAAGCUGUGUGACCCUGGGCAAGUCACUUAACCCCAAUUGCCUCACCAAAAAAGAAAAAAACAAAGUGACCCUGGCCUAACUUCUACUUAGCCUCCCUCUUGAUCCCACAUACCACUAUAGAGUGCCCAGAUUCAUCCCUCAAGUCCAAUUGCCCUUCUACCCUUUAGUAUCUGCAGUCAGCCUCCUCUACCCCAAUGUCUAGACUUCCCCAGCCGAGCCCAUGUACACCAAGAUCCCUAAGGAUCCUGAAGCAUUUUCACAUCUAGCAUCCAUCCCAUAUUUUGUCUUUACUCCCCAAGAUCCACUUUUGGAAGUGCCUGAGUUAUGAAAUCUACUUUCUCCCUCAGUUUCUUCAGCCCAUCAAAAUGACUUUCUAAGCAUAAACACUCCCUUUUCCAAUGCAAAUCAUAAUCUCUUUGCACCUUAGUAGAUAAUUUCAUGAGUGCUGUGGCCAAAAAUAUUUAUCAUCAGGUAACUAACUUUCCUGUGACAAGCCUUUCUGAACUAACCUGGUUGUCAUUUGACAGACACAACAGUCCCUUCUCCAAAUAUAUACCCAAAGUCUUUGUAGCAUAGUAAGCCCUGCUAGAGCUUGUCCUCAUUUGGAAUCCCCUUUCAGAACUCAUAUUCACUUCCACACUGCAUUUUAGUGGAGGAACUCCAAAUUAAUUUAAAGGAUUUUUGCUUCUAUGUCCCACCGCCCCACCCCCACCUUUUUUGUUUUGUUUUGUUUUGUUUUUUGGGGGGUGCAUUUUAUUUUUUUAGUUAGUUAGUUUCCAUGGACAUUGAAAUCUGCUUCCUUUCUAUCUUGUGUCAGGCUGGACUAGACCAACCUAGAAAAACUCCUGAUUGGAUUUUUCCUAAGGAUGUCCAACCUCAGCUGCAGCACUGCCAAGACCACUCCCUGACCCUGAUACAACCUGCAAAUCAUUGUGUUCUAGGUUUAUACCUUCCAUGUAGUUAUUUUAGGAGCUGGGCCAGGGGCUCCUAACUUACUCCUGCUCUCCAUGCAUCCUAGUAGCUCUACAGUGGAAUGAAUAUACGGGACUCAAAUUCAGCUCUAAGGCCGUCUGUUAAAUUCUCAUUUUCCACUCUGAAUCUCCUUACUUACUGUGCUCAGGAACAAGAAGCUUCUUGUCAAUUUCAUUUGGAGACUGGGUACUUCCCCAAAGGUUUGACGAUUCUACUUAAACAGGUCCUGCAAACUUAUGACUCCCACUACCUGAAGUACCUUUCCUAUUACCUAAACAAUUCCACCGUUCCUUAUCCCUCCCAGCACCUUUUGUAUUCCCAGCUCCCAUCCUUUUAUCUUUUUCACAGCUUACUUAUAUCCCUUCUUCAUAUCCUUUUUUGAUCAUUUUGCAAGCUUCCCUCUUCCCUUCCUUGACUGUCUCCUUUAUUCCUCUUCCCAGGUAGGAGUGUCCUUAAGCAAAAAUCUGGAGCACAUUUCUAGGGUUUCUGCCUAUUGGCUCCUGACAGUCUUUUGCUCUGCUCUUGUAUCCUGCCCUCUCAUUCAGGGUUUUGCUGGAACUGAAAUGUCAUCAACCUCCUGUUAAUGUGAUCACUGGUAAAGGUUUAUUGAUUACUCCUGUCAGGAGUAUUUAGGUUUGGGAAAGCCUUCAAGACUCAAAAGAAUUAAUUUUAAUGGUGAUUUUUUUUCAGGCAUCCAUAGGUAGAUGGAAAGCUAUUCUCAGUCAAAGGAUCCUGUCAAGAUCCCAACAAACCAAUAUUACAUAGGAGGAUGCCUUGUCUGCCUACAAAAAUCAACCUUAUUCCCGGCCUAGGAAAGAGUCUCUGUCUUUACACAACACAAAAUGGAUUCUUUAGCUCCUCCUCUCUUUUCCUUCCAGCUCUGCUUGUUAUCUGUAGCUAAAGGCUUGAAGAAAGGGCAUUUGGGUUUUCUCUUAAUGGUCUCAAAGAAGGAGAUGAAAUGAUCAAUCUUAGUAGUGCCCAAAGAUAUUUUUUUUAGUUCUCUAAUAAAAUAUUCUGAGUUGGCUCCUACCUCUGAUAGCCAGAGUUUAAGCUGGUAGGUGCUGCAUUCAAUAGCAGGAGGGGCCAAGUCAGAGCCAGCAGGGAACUGUAAAGAGAGGGCAGCCGUGAGCAAAAAAAUAGAGAUUCAAAUCAAAAGCCACUCAUUUGCCACUGUGACAUAUUAUGAGUGGAGUGACCAUUAUUAUGAUCAGUUUGUGAGAUAGCAUGGUAAAAUAUAGUAGACAGCAUUGGACUAAAAAUCAAGAAACCUAGGUUCUAAGUACUAGCCCUGUCCAUAAUUCAUUGUGUUUAAGGCAAGUCUCUUGUCCUCUGUGGGCCUGAGUUCUUCAUCUGUAAAAUAAGAAGAUUGAGCCAAGUAAUCUAUCCCCAAGAUCUACCCGAUGUGAAGAUUCAGUGAUAAGAUUUGAUAAAUUCUGGAGUCUCAGAGCAUCUGUCAUAUUUGCAUAUGUUCCCACUGGGAUUAACAUAGGCAACUGGAACAGUGUGCUCCUGAUUCAUACUUCUACCUUUGCUAUAUAGGUCUAAUGUGCUCCUCUAGUCUGUGCCUUAGUUUACCUGCCUGCAAAAUUAGGGAUACUUCCCAGUCUCACAGAGGAUUGUAAGAAUUAAUGAUUGAGAUUAGGGGAACAUCUGGAGUAAAUGGUUUAGAAACCUCCCUAAAGUGAAGGAUUUCUCAUAAUUUGAGUCUCCUCUAGAAACUUGGCCAUCCUUAACCUUGGGUUAAGAGAGAAUACCAUAUGACAACUAGGAUGGUAACAUUGGUUUUGUCAAACUGAAGAAUGACAGGGGUGCUUUUGGAGACAAAAAAAUGCACCAGAGGAAUAGCAGAUACGGGGAGCUUCUGAGGCAUGUUUCUCAGGACUGACUUUCAGGUAAUAGAAGUGGUAAUAGAUGGCCAACUGGUUUGCUGAAGAUCAUUGUUCCAAUUAUUAGAAGGGACAGUUCUAAAGGCUAAAUUUCCAUGUGUUUUCCCUGAUACCUGAGAACAGUGAGACCUCACUUUUGUAUAUUAUCAACUAGUGAAACAAGUUUUUGGCACCCUCCUGCACAGGGCCUUAUGAAAAAGUUAGGGGGACAGCACUUUCUACAGAGCUUAUCUGUCUAGGGAAUGGAGUACAAUCUUUGGAAGCAGUGUGGAGAUUGCCAAAUCUGAGAUCAGAUGACACACAAAAAUCUCUGGAUUCUGGUUGACCAUAACAGUACUAACCCCAUAAGUGGGUUGUAUUAGAUACCUUCUAAUACCAAAAAUGGGGACAACAUAGUAGGGGCAGAAUGUGUAAAAUUCGAGAGGAUGGAGCUUGUCCCUAUGUUCUCAAAGACUUUGAAAAGACUCUAAGGUACCAACAGUGAUGGGCCUGGGAAACUUACUGAUCUGGGAUCUGAGGAGCUUCCUUACCCUAGGUUGUGUCAUUAUCCAGACAGUGUCUGGAUUCUGGCUUGAGAUUGAUCUCUCCUGUCUGGUCUAAGACUACUUCUAGAAAGGGUAAGUGAGGCUGGGUGAAAAGUAAGGCAAAUUUGGAAAGGGAAAGUACUAGUUGAGGGCUAGUGAAGCAUAGGGAUCAAUACGAUCUCUGUGGGUCUAUGAGAUUUUUUGGUAACUAUCUCUCCUUUGCCAGGGCUUUCAAAUCUCUACCAUGUGCCCUGGGCAAUUGAAAUAAACUCAAACUUAACCUCUGUUCUAAUUUAUUUUUCAUAUCCUCCCAGGAGGCCUUGUGAGACAUCUUAGAUCAUUGCCCAAAAUGGCUCAAAAAACCUCAUUUGAGGUUUGACACUGCCUCAUUUCCUUCAGGAUCCUCCCUAUACCAGCAGAUACUGUGAAACUGCCUUCCCAAGUUCAGCCUAGGAAAAAACGAGACAGCUUCAGUCUGUGUCCCUUUUAGAACAUAAUAUGGUCAAGAGAAAUCCCUGCCCCUCAUGGGAAAGUUCCCUGAGUGGAGGGGGAAAGGUCUGGAGUAUCUUCAGAUUUAGCUGUUUCCGUGUAACAAUGAGCAUUCCAAGUUGAAAUGCUCUCUCCUCUGACUCAUGUCUUCAAAGGUUUCUUUCCCAGGACCAGAUGCUAUGAUGACCAUGUUCUAAUCCACCAGCUGUCCCUUCUCCCUGUUUCUUAUUUCAUACAUUGGAAUUGCUGUACAGUGUAUACUUAUAAAGGGUUUUUAAUGGUUGUAGAUCUGAAAUAAAGUUAUGUCACAAGAGCUGUUUAAAUGAACUC